AUGGAUAUCCUCGGAAUCUGCUUCCUUGCCCUUGGAGCUAAUACAUCCAUGACGUAUUACGCGUUUUAUUGCAGACCCUUCAUCCAGCGGUUGGGUUGGACGCGGGCGAGUAAUGAAAUUGGGGCUGGGUGGUACCUCGCAGAAGCACUCUCCCUCUUGACUGGAGUGAGUGUUUUCGUCUGUCGAUUCCCAGAGAGACUGAGCCCCGGGACCUUUGACAUUUGGAGUCAUUCACAUCAGCUUUGGCAUAUAUUUACUGUGCUUGGCGGUGCUUUUCAUGUUGUUGCUUUGGUAGCUGCAUACAACUACCGUCGGAUGCAUAAAGUCUGUUGA